CCCAAUCUCAUAUCUCCUGUUUGAAAAUACGUUACUAACUCCCCCUUUUUCCCCUCAAUUUCUUCCGUCUUAAUUCCAUGUUCCCACUACAUCUUCCUCCUCCAAACUCCACUACUCACAACAAAACACAGUGGAAAAACAGAAAUUAACCCCAAAUUUCCCCCCAAAUCCUCUGUUUUUCUUUUGUUUUAAUCUCUCAAAAUUUGAAAAACCCAAACACGCAGAAAUGAUUCAAUAUUUCCUACUCAAUUUUUUUCUUCUUUUAAGCUCAAUGAAACCCAGUUUAGCAAACACAGAGUUGAGAGCAUUAAUGGACAUAAAAGCUUUAUUAGACCCAGAAAAUAAGGUUUUAAAAACAUGGGAAAAUGAUGGUGAACCGUGUAGUAGUGGAUCCUUUAUAGGAGUAGCUUGCAAUGAACACGGAAAAGUUGCAAAUAUUUCGUUGCAAGGAAGAGGACUUACUGGGAAAUUAUCUCCAGCAAUUGGGGAUUUGAAGUGUUUGUCUGGGCUUUAUUUGCAUUAUAAUUCAAUUUCUGGUGAGAUCCCUAAAGAGAUUGGUAAACUUACUGAGCUUACUGAUCUGUACCUUGAUUUCAAUAAUUUUUCUGGGAUUAUUCCUGCUGAGAUCACUCAUAUGACUAGUCUUCAAGUGCUGGACCUAUGCUGUAAUCACUUAACAGGCAACAUUCCAGUAGAACUUGGCUCAUUGAGCAAGCUAGAUACUAUUGCUUUACAAUCUAAUCAAUUAAAUGGGUCUAUCCCUUCGAGUUUGGGCAACUUGAAUAUGUUAAAGAGGCUUAACUUAAGCUAUAAUCAUCUUUCUGGACUCAUUCCUGAAGCCUUAGCAAACAUCCAAACACUCGAAAAGCUUGAUGUCCAAAGCAAUUCCCUCGAAGGAAUCGUUCCUGCGUCCUUCAAGAAAUUUGAUGCUGGAUUUUCCUUUGAAAACAACACACGAUUAUGUGGAGUCGGAUUCCAUGCCUUACGAGCUUGUACUGCCUACGAUAAUGCGAAUGUAGAUAUCAACACACCUCCAUUCGGAUUUAAGUUCAAAAAUCAUACCAUAACGACACACGAUGAUCCUAAGAAAGCAAACCGUGAGACACAUUGUACAUCUUCAACAUGCUCAAAAUCCACGAAAUUCCCUCGAAUUGUGAUUGUUGUUGUGGUGAUUAUUGCCUCUGUGGUCUUAGCAACCGUGGGAUUUCUGACAUUUUUUAGAUAUAGGCGGCAUAAACAGAAGAUCGGGACCACGGUUGAGGCAUCCGAGAGUCGGAUUAGCGCUGACCAUGUUAUCGACGUCCAUAGCAAGAGUGCCUCACCGCUGGUUAGUCUAGCUUACUCCUCAGGGUGGAAUCCACUUGCGGAUGGUUUGAAUAGUGGGGAUAUGUCCCAAGAGGUUCUGCAGUAUUUCAGGUAUAACUUGGAGGAGGUGGAAUCGGCAACACAGUACUUUUCAGAGGCGAAUGUGUUGGGAAGAGGAAACUUCUCUACUGUGUAUAAAGGGGUUUUGAGAGAUGGUUCUAUUGUAGCAAUCAAAAGUAUAAAUAUGAGUAGCUGUCAAUCCGAGGAGGCAGAGUUUGUGAAGGGGUUGAAUUUGCUAGUUUCACUCCGGCAUGAAAAUCUUGUUAGUUUACGAGGGUUUUGUUGCUCGAGAGGUCGAGGAGAGUGUUUUUUCAUCUAUGAUUUCGCGCCUAAGGGAAACCUCCUAAAGUAUCUUGAUGUCGUUGAUGGAAGUGAUCUCAGUCUUCCUUGGUCUACUCGGAUCAACAUCAUCAAAGGGAUUGCCAAAGGUUUAAGUUAUUUGCACGAAGAAAAUGCAAAUAAACUUUUGGUGGUCCACCAAAACAUAUCAGCAGAAAAAAUAGUGAUAGAUAACCAAUACAAGCCAUUAAUUUUGGAUUCUGGUUUACGCAAGAUACUAGCGGACGACACAAUCUUCUCGGCCCUCAAAGUAAGUGCAGCAAUGGGUUACCUAGCCCCGGAAUAUGUAACAACUGGUCGGUUCACUGAGAAGAGUGAUGUGUAUUCAUUCGGAGUGAUACUCCUCCAUAUUCUUUCGGGGAAGCAACUACUAACAAAUGCUAUGAGAUCAGCUGCAGAGUCAUGUGAAGUGGAACAAUUUGUUGACCAUAAUCUUAACGGGAAGUUCUCCAUAUCAGAAGCUGCGAAGUUAGUGAAACUCGCUUUGAGUUGCACCCAUGAGCUCCCUGAUGAAAGACCGAACAUGGAGGCUGUGGUCCAAGAGUUGAACAGACGCACUAGUGGUUCAUGAAGCCCGGUGCUCGAUUGCAAAUAACAAUAGCAAUAGGCAUCCAUGGUUUGGUUUGGGUUUGGAGGUUUAGUUUUAACCAUCUGAUUGAGGGAAUUUAAUGGAUGUUAUAGUAAGGACGUCAGCUAGUAUGUUGGGAGUGUAAAGGUUUGUACAUUAAGCUAUAUAGAGCAUCAAAUCAUAUGUUUUCAUCCAAAUGACAAUUUUGUAAAAAUGUGAAUCCUUUUUUUUAACCAGAAAUUUGAAGACACAUAACGCUAUAUAGGGCAUGUGAAUCACAGUAUAGCUAGUGCUCUUCAAUAUCUCACAUUCACCCGCCCUGACAUUUCCUAUGCUGUACAACAAAUAUGUAUUCAUAAGCAUCUCGCGGAUCAUGCUUAUGAAGACAUAUAUGAUGUGAUUUUCCCGUGGAUCAUGCUUAUGAAGACAUUUGCUGUACAACAUAGGAAAUUUUGGGGCGGGUAAAUUUGAGAUAUUGAAGAGCACUAGCAAGAUUACGAAACGAGGUAGGUCGGCAACAUGAGCACUAUAGACCUAGACUUGUCAGCCAUACAAACGAGAAGAUGGUGAGCGGUAGCCGUGGAAAAACGCCUAGGGUUGGAGGCAAAGACUGGAGGCACACACUGGAGGAUCGCCCUAGGCUUAGGGUUAGAGAGGAG